AUGGGUGUCUCCCCUUGGUACUGGUGGGCAGAUGUGCCGGUGAAAACAAAGAGCGAUAUCUGGGUGCGCAAAGGGCCCAAGGUGCAGGGCUCUCCGUCUGUCAAAUACCGCGGCUUCUUCAUCAACGACGAAUCGCCGGCCCUGACUGGCUGGGCUAACGGGAAGUUUACCAAAAGCGAGUAUGGAUCCUCCUUCACUGGGGAGUUCUACAAGCUUGUGUUUGAGCUCUGUCUUCGCCUCAAGGGGAACUACAUCUGGCCCGCCAUGUGGUCUAGCAUGUUCUACGUCGACGAUAUUGAGAACGGUCACAUUGCCGAUGAUUUGGUGUUUUCAUCGGUACCAGCCAUCACGAUCCCAUGGCGCGAGCUGAAAAGGAGCAAAAUUGUCGGAAAAUACUACCAAGCCGGCAUGAAGACGCCCGACAACGUUAUCCUCCUCUGGACAGACGACAACUCGGGCGAUAUCCAGCCACUUCCUUUAGCCAACGAGACAGACCGCAUUGGUGGAGCAGUCGAAGCCGGCAAAACGGUGGUCGACCUCUACAACAAGCAUGCCUUCAACGCAUGGUACGCUCAACAAGGACGAACCAGCACAAAUACAAUGGCAAACGACGUGCAGGCCCUCUUCGCUCAAGAUCAAGUCAUUGAGGAAAAGUACCACUCACUAAACGGCGGCAAAUGGGAUCACUUUGUCAAUCAGGUUCACAUUGGCUACACCUACUGGCAGGAUCCGCCAGCCAAGGCCAUGCCAGAUCUGAUCUACCUGGACGAAAGCAAUACCACCGAUGAUGAGAUCAUGGGGGUGAGCGUCCAAGGGAGCACCGCCUCGGCACCCGGCGCCCCAUUGCCCGCACUGCUGCCUGUCGAACCAUACAUGCCGCCGACGGAAAAGCGGUACGUGGACAUCUUCACUCGCAACAACGGCACAUUUGCCUAUCAUAUUUCUUCCAAUGUAUCCUACGUCUUUGUCACCAACGCUGAGGGCAGACUUGAAGCUCCCGGUUCCAGUUCGGAUAGCCGCAGUGGGAUAUCGGUUGACUGCCAAGAGGCGCCGCCUGGAAUCAGCUGGGUCGCCCUCCGCGUCAAGAGAACCGAUGUCUGCAAAGGCCCUGCUGUGGUAGCAUUAUUGCCAGUCAACAAGAACUCCGUCCCAGAUGAGUUCGAGGGCUACGUGGAAUCCGGCGGCGUUGUGUCCUGGGAGGCGGAACAUUACAGCAGCGCCGAGGAGAAGAACGGCCUCUCGUACAUCACGAUUCCCGACUAUGGCCGCACCUUGUCUGGGCUGAAGCUAUGGCCUGUGACGCAUCCAGGGCGCACGCCAGAGGACACACCAAAGCUGACGUACUCCUUCUACUCCUUCACGGACCAGACCGAGGCUCAGUUGGUCGUCUACCUAGGCGGGUCGCUGAACCACGAUCCCAGUCUCCCCUUGAAGUACGCUCACGCGCUCGAAGGGGGCAGCCCAGUUGAGGUGCAACCCAUCCCCGACGAGGCUAUGGGCAGCCUCCCACAUGGAUGGAACGAGGCGACAGUGGCUGGUGGUUGGACCUCGUACUCGACGCUGAAAGUGCCAGCUGGCGCCCACAAACUCUCGCUGUGGCUGCUUGAGCCGGGUGUUGUGGUGCAGAAGGUUGUCAUGGAUGUGGGAGGUCUCAAACGCAGUGCGCUUGGACCACCCAAGAGCCAGAAGGCUUGA